AUGCUUUCUAUCAUGAUACUCGUCGCGUUGGUUGUUCUUCUCUACAAGUUCGACGGGAAACCAGCACCAAGCUGGCGAUUUGGGCUUACUCUCAACACCAUCGUAGCGUUUCUUUCUACUAUCUGCUGGGCAACGAUGAUGGUCCCGGUAACCGAAGCCUUAUCUCAGCUCAAGUGGAAUUGGAUGUCUUUGCAUGUGAGGCCGUUGAGGGAUCUCUACCUUUUUGAUCAAGCCAGCCGCUGGCCAUUUUGGUCGGUGCGCUUACUUUUGAGACUACGUGGAAGAUUCAUCCCUUUAGCGUCAGCCGCAUCCGUGGUAUUAGUUGUGAGCCUGGUAACAUCGUCUGUUACCCAGUCAGCAAUCGAAUAUAGACUAGAGGAUGUUCCCAUCAGCCCGGGCGGAAAUGCCAGCAUCGGCGCUUUCGCUCCAAUCAGCACAGAGUACCCAGGAAGGAUUAACGGAAAUGAAAGCCAGGAAGAUUGUAAGUCGAUUAGACUUAUCGGACUCCCAUCGAAAGUUAGGGAAAAACUUUCUUACGCAGCUUUUCAGGGCUUCCUACAACCCAUUGAUGAGCCAUGGCCCGAACCAGAGCUAAAAUGUGGCUCAACUAAUUGCUCAUGGCCCCAGUUCAACUCUCUCGGCGUCUGUUACAGCAUACUCAACAUCACACAUAAACUAAACUCUACACGCACCGACUUUAUAAGACCCACAUUUCCGGCGUCCCUCCCCUACGCUCUCUUGCCCGACCCCAUCAACAAAGUGCGCAAUGGUACCGACGCUUUAAUUUCUGAGCGUUCCGAAUCCCCAGACGCAGGCUCAUACCGGGCUGUGAUACCAAAGUCUGGAACUAUCGAUCCAUUUGCACUACCAGCCAUGUUGAGUUCGAAUAGAAAGAAUUACAAGGUAAUGAAUAUAACUGUGGAUAGAGGCGACUUCAGCAAUUGGCAUAAGGACCACAAACAGCCCUACUGGCUUUCUACCUAUGGAAAUUGGGGAAAUGACGACGUUUUGAGUGCAGCACUUUCUCAAUUUCACCUCCUCUACAGCAACCCAAUGGCUCAGUCUCCGAAUUGCUCGAGGGCCUUUGAGAUUUUCUUACACUUUUGUGUCAAGACUUAUAAUGUCACUACGGAGAACAGCCGGGGCAAAGCGACCAUGGUUUCGUCAACGACUAAGCUAGCCAAGGUCAACUAUGGAGGAUACACUUCCGAUGGCCGAAGUGCUUCCUACAGUUUGGCAGCCGAAGAAGGUCCGCACACGUUAUUCAACAUCACCAGCGUACCAGCCUUGAGAUAUUUGGAGGGCAUGAUCCUAGAAAUCUCUGGAUCGUCUGUCAUCUCCGGGAACACUACGGUUGAUGACCGACACGGCAGUAUCCCGGCGGGGAAAGAGUAUGCAACAACAGAUGGAACUCUGGACACUGAGCAAGGCUCGCCAUCCAUGCUCGCCAAACAGCUCUUCUCGAAAUUGUAUGGUGACACGUGGGUGUCCAACUCCAGCGCGGACGAAAGCAAGUACGAAACCUCGGAAGAAUACAUUGACAAAGCUACUGAGAGGAACAUCCAUAAAUUGUUUGGCAAUGUGGCCUCCGCUAUGACCUCCUACUUGCGGACAAGGAACGAGCCCGUAGCACUGGAAGGCAGCAAGACUUAUGAGCGAGUCAACAUGAUCGUCAUUCGAUGGGAGUGGCUUUCUUUCCUGGUCGUACAAAUUGCUCUGGCUCUUGUAUUCCAGGUUGUCGUUUUUGUCCAAACCGCGCGACUGGGUGUGGAUGUUGUCAAAAGCUCAAACAUGGCGGAGCUCUUUGCGCUUCAAGGCUCUGGCGACAAGUACAUGGAUAAUAGCCUCUCUGGAGGCAUCGGUACAGCUGUCACCGACGAGAGGUAUGGGAAACUUGUUAAAGACACGCAUGGAUGGAAGCUGCAUCUGAGCACGCGCACGAAACUAAGCAAUGGCUUCAUGACCUAG